CCCAGUAAGAAUAGAAGACAGGGCUGUGGAAAGAGACAACGUGAAAAGGAAUCUUGUUCCCUGCUCUAGCCAACUAAAGAUAUCAUUUCUUCUUAAGCUUCUGAAGGGUUCAAAGAAACUAUUUUCAUUUUCUAGAUAAAAGUUUUUAAAUUAUACAUGAUGAGUCUCACAGGAGAGAGAUCACAUCUGUGCUCCGAGUGUGACAAAAGCUUUACCUGUAAAUCACAUCUUAUCACACAUCAGAGGAGUCACACAGGAGAGAAACCACAUCUGUGCUCUGAGUGUGACAAAAUCUUUAUAUGUAAAUCACAUCUUCUCGUACAUCAGAGGAGUCACACAGGAGAAAAACCAUUCACAUGUUCUGAGUGCAGCAAGUGUUUUUCCCAUAAGUUAUCUCUUGUUAUACAUCAGAGGAUUCACACAGGAGAGAAACCAUUUGAAUGUUCUGAAUGCAGCAAGUGUUUUUCCCAGAAGUCACAUCUUGUUAUACAUCAGAGGAGUCACACAGGAGAGAAACCUUAUGAAUGUCCUGAAUGCAGCAAGUGUUUUUCCCAGAAGUCAGAGCUUGUUGCUCAUCAGAGGAGUCACACAGGAGAGAAACCUUUUACAUGUUCUGAAUGCAGCAAGUGUUUUUCCCAGAAGUCAGAGCUUGUUAUACAUCAGAGGAUUCACACAGGAGAGAAACCAUUUACAUGUUCUGAAUGCAGCAAGUGUUUUUCCAGGAAAUCACUUCUUAUUAUGCAUCAGAGGAGUCACACAGGAGAGAAACCAUUUACAUGCUCUAAAUGCAGCAAGUGUUUUUCCCAAAAGUUAUCUCUUGUUAUACAUCAGAGGAUUCACAGAGGAGAGAAACCAUUUACAUGUUCUGAAUGCAGCAAGUGUUUUUCCCAGAAGUCACAUCUUGUUAUACAUCAGAGGAGUCACACAGGAGAGAAACCUUAUGAAUGUCCUGAAUGCAGCAAGUGUUUUUCCCAGAAGUCAGAGCUUGUUGCUCAUCAGAGGAGUCACACAGGAGAGAAACCUUUUACAUGUUCUGAAUGCAGCAAGUGUUUUUCCCAGAAGUCAGAGCUUGUUAUACAUCAGAGGAGUCACACAGGAGAGAAACCAUUUAAAUGUUCUGAAUGCAGCAAGUGUUUUUCCAAGAAGUCAUAUCUUGCUAUACAUCAGAGGAGUCACACAGGAGAGAAACCAUUUAAAUGUUCUGAAUGCAGCAAGUGUUUUUCCCAUAAGUCAAAUCUUGUUAGACAUCAGAGAGUUCACACAGGAGAGAAAUCAUUUACAUGUUCUGAAUGUAAGAAGGGUUUUUCCCAGAAGUCAUAUCUUGUUAUACAUCAGUGGAGUCACACAGGAGAGAAACCAUUUACAUGUUCUGAAUGUAGCAAGUGUUUUACUAGAAAGAAAACACUCAGUAAUCACAUGCAGAGUCACUCUGAGGGCCUGAAUGCAGCUUGUGUAUCAUAAGUAAUGUAACUUAUCACAACUGUAUGAAUUCAAUGGAACCAAUAUUUAUUUUCUGAAUGUGACAAGUGUUUUAUAUAAAUGACUCUUGAUAAAGACAGCAGAGGUCAGACAAGUGGACCUGGAGAUACUUUUUCCCUUGGGAAGGUCUCUGUGUUAGGAACUAGAGCUGCAGUAUAACAAUAGCCAAUGACCGUGGGACUGCCAUUACUGAGCUCUGUAAUAUACAGUUCUGCUCAUGCAGGUGCUGGGACUAGUAGAGAGGGGGUCAUUCCGAGUUGAUCGCUAGCUGCUUUCGGUUGCAGCGCGGCGAUCAGGCAAAAAAAAAUAGGCAUUUUUGCGCAUACGUAUGGGCCGCAGUGCGCACGCGCGAAGUACUUUCACACAAAACUAUGCAGUUUUACACAAGGUCAAGCGGCACUUUUCAGUCGCACUGCUGAUCGGUGAGUGAUUGACAGGAAAGAGGCAUUUCUGGGAGGUAACUGGCCGUUUUCCAGGAGUGUGCUAAAAAACGCAGGGGUGUCAGGUAAAAACGCAGGCAUGCCUGGUGAAACAUGGGAGUGGCUGGCCGAACGCAGGGCGUGUUUGUGACGUCAAAGCAGGAACCAAACUGUCUGCAGUAAUCGCAAGGUAGGAGUAGGUCUGGAGCUACUCAGAAACUGCAUGAAAAUUUUUACGAGCAGUUCUGCUAUCCUUUCGUUCGCACUUAUGCAAGCUAAGAUACACUCCCAGAGGGCGGUGGAUUAGCGUUUGCACUGCUGAUAAAAGCAGCUAGCGAGCGAUCAACUCGGAAUGAGUGCCAGAGUUCCAGCAGCUCCUCUCAGUACUGGGAUUCCUUCUCUGACCAGCAGGGCUAUGAGUACUGGGUAUUUCUACAGGAACAAUGUAUGCUGCUCUGUUUCACUGUAUUGGUUAAAUUUAUUAAAUAUCAGUUUUUCAAAGCCACUGAUUUUUACUGUCUAUGAUCGCUGGAUGAUAAAGGGCAGUAAUAAUACAUGUAAAUUCAGGCUUGUUUUGCUUGUAUUUCUAUUGCCCUUUAUAUCCAGCACACAAAUGGAGUGAAAAUCUUUGGCUUUCAAAAAACUGUGUAGUAACUACAGUAUACCCGCUACAGGUCUUUCCUCUGGUCUCUAUACCUCUGUAUUCUUUCUCUAAUACCUUUUAUAUUACUACUAUUACUGUUUAGUAAAAUGGUGUAAGUAAAACACUGGUCGUCUGUAUCCCAUAGCAACCAAAUUAGAACACUUGUUUGUUUGCUGGCACUAGACAGCUAAUAGCUGAUAUCUGGUUGCUAUGGGUUACAGCACAUGCUUGCUUUCCACAUCAUGUAAUUAAAUAAGGCCCAAGUUGUGCGCAUUGGGCCUAAUUCAGAUCUGACCACAGCAGUAAAAUUAUUAGAUAACGAGCAAAACUAUGUGCACUGUGUUGGGGGUGGGGCAGAUAUAACAUGUGCAGAGAGAGUUAGAUUUGGGUGGGAUAUUUGUUUCUGUGCAGGGUAAAUACUGGCUGCUUUAUUUUUACACUGCAAUAUUAAUUUCAGUUUGAACACACCCCACCCAAAUCUAACUCCCCCUGCACAUGUUAUAUCUCCCCCCCUGCACUGCACAUGGUUUUGUCCAUUAGAUAACAAUUUUGCUGCUGCGAUCAGAUCUGAUUUAGGGCUUCUGUGUACCAGGAUAAUAGUAAAGUUCCUUCACAAUAAAUGAAACUAGUAUGACAGUAAUAAUAUACACAAUACUAACUUUGACAUAGGGGGUCAUUCAGACCGGAACGCAGCCGUGCAUCUGUACACAGUGGCUGCAUUUGGGUGGUCUGCGCACAUGCACUGGCCGCAGUGCACGUGUGACCCUUCUCGUGGCUGCAUCUAUGAAGGAUGUGGCCACAAGAUGAUUGGGGGUGGGGUGCGGUGGACCCAUCGAGGGCAUGCUGUGACUGUUUUCGGUGCGUGAUGUCAAAUACAGCAGCUCCAUUUAUAAAACAUGGCGGCUGACCGUCUGACAGCGCAGACAGGCUGCGCUGCCAGGGGUCAACAUUAGUUUGAUGCGUCCACAAUCUAAUAGCAGAUGCAUCGGGCUGGCAGACCGUCACACAUACCGGGCAGCCUUGUCCUGUGCUGGGCGGCCCCCAGCAUGUGAGGAGAUGGACGCAGAUCUGGCUGCAUAUAUCUCUGAAUCAGGUCCAUAGUACUCAGUGAUGUAACUCAGACAGAUCUGUCCUGUACGUAGACUGAAGGACCAUGUAUGAAUAAUGGGCCGGAUGUAAUGGGCUGCGAGACGGCCGGAGCUCCGAGAAU